GAGUGGCCCACGUGUCUUCUUGAAGCGGUUUAAGGAUUACGGAUUGUUUUUUCGCGAUAGUAACGCGCUAGGUGUCCCACCCCAACGAAGUCUCCCGCUUGGAUACUCUGCAUUUGUGCUGCAUUGUGCUUGAAAGGAUACGUCGACCUUGGAGCCCGACCCUAAGGAAUUUCCAGGCCCGUAGGCAUCCCGCGAGUUCUCCUUCACUUCGAAGAGGUUCCGCACAAGCACAGCAAUGGCCGGAUCAAAAAAGAAGGCAGUGAAGUCCAGUUCCAACGUGUUCUCCAUGUUCAGCCAAAAUCAGAUGGCUGAGUUCAAAGAGGCCUUUGGAUUCAUCGACCAGGACAAGGAUGGCAUCGUCUCAAAGAACGAUAUCCGUGCCACCUUCGACCAGAUGGGACGUCUGACGAGCGAUAAGGAACUCGAUGAGAUGAUGUCCGAGGCCUCUGGACCUAUUAAUUUUACCCAAUUCGUAACCAUCUUCGCUAACAAGGCCGGCGGAAUGGACGAGGAGGAAACGAUUGUCAACGCUUUCACCAUCUUCGAUGACGGAGACGGCACCUGCACUGAAGAAAAACUACGCAAGAUGCUAUGCACUUUCGGCGAAAAGUUAACCGAGCAGGAAGCCAACGAUGUGUUCGCUGAAGCGCCCAUGGAUGGCUCGAAGAUUAACCUGAAAAGGUGGGCGAAUGUGCUCACCAAGGGCUGUGAGAAUCCUGAGGAACAGGCUGCAUCCUAGAUGAAUCGAGGCGCUUUUCCAUAAAAUCUUCCAGCAUCAAACUUCAACGAUACUAUGACGAAACAAUGAUAAUGGCGACGAGAUCCAACAGAAAUGAUAAUAUAUGCGUCUAUACAGCGUUACUACGCCGAGUACAAGCGAACGAAAGGAACACAACGAACUAAUAUGGCCAGGAAAAGCGGCCAAUCUUCAGGCGACCGAGUGCGCUCUCGGAACUAGUUACGCUCGUAACGUCGCAAGCCGCUCGCUGUAUAUCAAGUGCCUGUAAAAAGGAACAAACUGUUAACAUCAAAGAUCACAGCCCGCUAUUUAUUAUAAUUUGAUCCAAGUGCACAACUUCUCAGUUGACGUCUAAAAUAAAGUUCAAAUCUUUUUUGUACCAAAAAUCCUUGCCUAAUUAGAAACCAUUACUACUUAAUAUCAA